AUCGAUGCCUCGAUCAGGCUCCGCCGCGCAAUCCACGCCAAUGACGCGCUGCUGGUCAAACGUGUCCUCAAGUCGCGACCCGACCUCCUCCACAACCCGACCACUCCGUGACAGGCAACGCGAACUCGAGCCUACACCUAGCAGCCUCGCUCGGCCACCUCUCAAUCUGCAAGCUCCUCGUCGAACUAGGGCAUGACGAUAGCACCCCUGCCCUCAACGACGACCACCAGACGGCCUUGAUGCUCGCCGCCGCCGCGGGGCACACCGAAGUCCCCCACUUCCUCUGCGAGCACAGCCCCCCGACCAUUCUGCGUCAAGACGUCCGUGGCCGCGAUGCGAUCAUGGAGGCGAGCUUGAAUGGGCACGAUACCGUGGUGCAGAUCCUCUUGACUUGGGCACCGGGUGGAGCAGAAGACGCCCUGGCGCAGGCGGAUUUGGAUAGGAAUACCGCGCUGCAUUUUGCGAGCAGUAAUGGGAAUUUGCUGGUGCUGAGGACGCUGCUGGCUUCGUCCUGCAACGAUCUUUUCCACAAUUCUUUCCCAGUUGCAAUAACCAGGCCAAUAUGGGGUGCCAAACAAAAAGACAUGGCGAGUGUUCUGCAGGAGAUUUCCCCAUCGUGUGUCGUCUCUGGCCAAGAGAAUUGCCUGAUAGUAAUUAGCUAUGGGCAACGAAAAUGAUCGGUCGCGCCUUUGCUGCAUCGUCAGAUCGCUGGCUAUUCAGGUUGUAAAGCAGGGCCUCGGCCGCGUCUUUGAUGCCAAUGCUGCAUGUUUUGAAGACGGCAUCGGCGUUGUAUGCGUAGGAUGAUAUCGUGACAUCUUGGCCU